GCGGUGCGGGCGCGCUUCCGGCCGGGCGCGGAGCCGGCGGCGGGAUCGGACUGGCGGGGCCAUGAGCCGCAGGGGCGCGGUGCAGCGCAAGGUGCCGUGCUUGUUCGUGACCGAGGUGAAGGAGGAGCCGUCGGCCAAGCGGGAGCGCCAGCCAUUUAAAGUUUUGGCAACUGAAACCCUAAAUGAAAAGGCAUUAGAGGCAGAUAUAUACAAUGCAAUUCCUACUGAAAAGGUGGAUGGAACCUGCUGUUACAUAACUACCUAUAAAGGGCAACCAUACCUAUGGGCCAGGCUGGACAGAAGACCCAACAAACAAGCUGAAAAAAGGUUCAAACGAUUCUUAUAUUCAGUGGAAGAUUGUAAAGAAUUUAUUUGGAAUGUUGAAGAGGAUUUCAAGCCUGUUCCAGAUACCUGGAUCCCAGCCAAGGAAAUAGAAUUCUCUAAUGGCAAUCCUUUGCCUGAUGAAAACGGACAUAUGCCAGGUUGGGUGCCCGUGGAGAAAAACAGUAAGCAGUAUUGCUGGCACACAUCCGUUGUAAAUUAUGAGGCUGAAGUGGCACUUGUAUUGAAACACCAUGCUGACCCUGGGCUUUUGGAAAUUAGACCAGUAUCACUGUCAGAACUUCUAGAACAAACACUGGAGCUUAUUGGGACAAAUAUUAAUGCAAAUCCAUAUGGGUUGGGAAGCAAAAAGCAACCUAUACAUCUUCUGGUACCACAUGGAGCAUUUGAAAUAAAGAAUCCUCCUACUUUGAAACAAAGUGACAUAUUGUCAUGGUUUGAAGGCUGCUGUGAGGGUAAAGUUGAAGGAAUUGUUUGGCACUGCCGUGAUGGAUGUUUAAUCAAGCUCCAUCGCCAUCAUCUUGGUUUAUGCUGGCCACUUGCAGAGACAUACCUGAAUUCUCAGCCUGUUGUUAUUUCUUUCAAUAGAAAUGACUAUGACUGUGAUUUUGGACCAAAGAGUUUGUUUCAUCAGUUUUCAAAACUAGACGGUCAAAGAUUUGACAGACUCAAAGAUAUCAAGUUUGAUGAUUGAAGUUGCUUUUCUGUUUUAAGUUAGUAGCUCUCUGUCCUGCAUUCUGCUUUUUUCUAUCACAGAACUCCUUCCAAAAAGGAAUCUUCCUGCUUGAAGAGCAAGCUCUAUUUGCUAUAGUUAGAAGUUUUUCUUAAAUGACUUAUUGUAAGUAGUAACGUAUGUGACAUCCAGAACAGAAUCUAGCUUCAAGCAUGUUUACUUUUACUUUUGAAAAAUCCUUAACUUGUUCACCCAUUUCUGGAACUGCUAAUGGUUAAACAGCACGUUGUCUAACUAACUGGCUGAUCCUAGCAGCUUAGUUAAUGAAUGCAAUCAGUUGUGAAAGUUCCCUAGGAUGUGCUUUUCUAAAGAUAAUUAUUAUGACACAACAACAUGUAGAACUCAGAUUCAGGAUCUAGUUUUUUUUAUCAGUGAAGAAUAGAUUUCUGGUAGCACCAGAAGUAGGUCUGAAGUGCGAUGAUUUCUUAAAAUGUUUAUAUCUUUCUUGGGUGAAAAUAUUUUAUGGUAUUAUUCAACUGAUAAGCUGCAGCAUUAUGCUAGUACCUGAAAAAAUAAUUAAGCUACAUCCUAAAUCUACUUCCACAAUUUUUGUUCAAAGAUCAGAGGAAGUGAAAGGAAGCAUACUCAUUCUAUCUUGAAGAUUCUUAGUGAGAGAUUUGACUUCGUAGUACCCAUUUUAAGACUGCAUCUAGAUUUAUGAAGCACAUAUUAAUAUUUGAAAAAAGAUGGCACAAAUAAUAAAGUAAGAAUGCAUAGUGGUUUGAGUGGCCUUUUAUUUGCGCUAUAAAAGUUUACAUCCAUAUGUAUAAAGUAUACAGAAUGAAAAAAUUCACAUAGUAACUGUACAUUUAUCUACAAAAAUACUGCUAGUUUGGCUGAUGUACUGCAAAAAUGUUUUCCAUUCUUUAUUCUUGAAUUUUCUAUAAUUGAGGUAAAAAUAAUUAACGUCGUAAGAAGAGAGAUGACCACAACACUGUCUACUGUUGAGAUGCAAGACAGAAAGAAUAAAUUACAGUAUUGUUGAUCUGGAAUUUACCAUAUGUAAGUUGCUUUCAGAGUUUCUGAACUUCUGGUUAGAGCUGAAAAUUCAGACUUUUCCUUAAGAACGUGUCUCACUGCAAUUAGUUUUCUGAAUAAUAUUGCAGAGUAGAUGGAGGAGGUAAAACUGUUUUUUAUUUUGACCGGUGUAUGUAAAUAUUGACCACAAUCCAUUGACUUAAUCAAUUCAGCAAGCUGCAGAAUGUGCCAAAUUUCAAUAUUUUGUUUAUUUAUUUUGUUUUAUCCUGAAAUGACAGACAAAUCAGUAUUAUGUAACUGCCCUAGAAUUUAUUUUCCUUGUCAGUGCUGAGGAAACUAAAUGCCUAAUCAACAGAAGUAUUGGCUGGGCUAUCUACUUGCAUGCCAAACUCUUCAGACAGCUUCUUUAAUCUUUCUUCUAAAAGAAUAUUUUUUUUUAAUUCUUCAUUAUAGUUGUAUUUCAGAUCUUCAAUUUCUUCAAAAAAGGAAGGAUUGAAGUUUUCCAGUUCUUUUCUCAACUGUUUUGUUUCUUCCUAUUACAAAGAACAAAGGAGUAACCAAAACUUAGGGAAUACUUGUCAUCAACAGCUUUCUUGCCUUUUUCUUCAGAGAACAUACGUUCUACUACAGACAAAUCUACUCGGGAAAAUUCACUAACAAAAAUUAGUUUCUAGGCAUAGUGGUGAGAAAUGGACUUGUUUUAGUGUUAUUUGGGAUAUUAAAUAGGUUCUUCUAGCUGACUAUAGUUGUGCUCAUUAUCUUGCCAGAUCAUUUCUGCAACUCACCUUUAGCUGCUCUUUCUCCAACUCAGAGGCUUUCAGCUGUGCCUGGAGGUCAGCUACUUCUGUCAUUAACUUAUCAUUUUUAUCCUUCUUUGAAACUUCACUAUUCCCUGCAAAAAUUAUUGACUUGAUAGGAAAUUUCAGGUAAGUAUAAUCAAUUACAUGAAUAAAUUUGUUACAAUAAUACUUCAGUUGUUUCAACUGUAAAGAGAUGCAGUGUGUAAACUCAGUUGUGAUCAACAACCACCAAAAUUUCAAAUCAUCCUGGCUAUUCUUUGGUUCUUCCACAAAUUAGGUAAUGGUGUAUAAUUCUUGUUACUGAAGGCAGUAUUCAAAUGACCAGUCUAUUAGCACGUUUCUGAAAAAUACACGUGCAGUUUCUCUGAAUUAGAUACAGAAAAUUUGGAAAAGAGAGUUGAACGAUCUUGAUUAUAUUCAUGAUUGAAGAAUGUGUUGUUUUUGUUCUGUUGUUUUUUUUUUCUUCCUAGUCUUAUGGCAGUGUGCUGCUCUACAGCACUCCUUGCUUUUGCUGUGGCUUUUUCUGACAGCUGCGAAUCUUAAAUCAUUCACAGGGCUGGUAUCCUGAAAUAGACACUUGUUUUCUGGCAGCCUGGAACCCAAGGCAAGAGGAUUAAGCAGGAGGGUUUCAAUGAAUGACUGAAGUCUUACAAGCAGUAUUUGAGAUUUAUAAAGCAUGAAAUAUUUACUUCUUGGAAAGGGAAAUCUUGCAAAGAUUCCAGGCUCUUCCUCAAAGUAAUUUUUACUAAUACUUCUUUAUAAAUAUCUUAGGUAAAUUCUCAAACAUCAGGGACCUUAAUUUGCUCCAGUUUAUGGCACAUUGGCAUUAAUAGAACUACAGAAAUAUUUGGAUUAUAUUAUCAUCUUACACAUAUUAUUUAAAAAUAGUUUUAGGCCCAAACCACACAAAAAUCUUUAUUUUAGGUAUUGGAAAUGAUUACCAGCUGCAGGACCCUCACUUGUGUACAUGUGUAUCUGGUGCUUAUAGUCUUCUAUCUGGCGUACUAGUUCUGCUUUUUCUUCCUUUAAUUGACUAUUAGUUAAUCUGGAAUAUAAAAGAAUUUUUAAAUAAUUUUUAAAAUAUUAACAUGUUUCGAAAUAUGUAACACAUAAUAAAAAAAUCGCAGUGGCUUUUUGUUGAUCAUUCUCAUUUCAUAUAUGUUGGCUGAGGAAUACAGUACCUUAAAAGCUGAAGCUCCCUGAUGAGGCCUUGCUCUGUCCUCGCACCUUCAGGAAGGUGGCUGAGAAGCUCAAUCUUGAAAGAAAAGAUCCUGUAAGUUUUUAUCAGCAUUGUGUUCACGUUCUGUUGCUUCCUGAAGCAGCCGUUUAAGGUCAGUAAUGCUUUGGGUUUUUUUAGCAAUAUCCAUUUCCAGUUCCUUCAUCUUUGUUUCAUGCAUCCUGGUAUUAGGAUUAUCAUGAUUAUUAAUAUUUAAAGAGGAAAAGAUAAGAGAAAAUGCUAACACAUUUACGAAAAAUAGAAAUCAGGAUAUUCUCAAAGCAGGUAAGAUGUAAAAGACACCCUAAAAUAUGUUUGGAGCAGAGACCUUCAAAUAUUCACUGAUCUUAUUUAAUAAGUGAGCUGAAGCUCCUAGCAUAAUAAUAAUGAAACAUUUUAGUAUUUUUUUAUUUUAGAAUAAAGGUUCUUCCAAAUGUUCUACCAUUGCUGACCUUACGUGUUUAUACUCUAACAAGGAGUUACUGGAAUCCUCUAUGGUUUUGCAUGUAUACACCAGGCUAUUUCUUACUAAACCAUGCAUGUCUCUUGCUGCAUUCAGUUGGAUGAUGCACUGUUCAGGUCUUACUUCAUUUGUUGUGAUUGUGUGUGUGGAAAAUAAAUCAAUGUAGUACAAAAAAAAGCUUAAUACGGAUGCAGGAGAUGCAAACUGAACAGAAAAAGUAUUCAAAAAGUGUUCUACGAGAAAUGAUGUUCUGUCUUGGAGUCUGAGGAAGAAUCCAUUUUGCUUUGAGCCUGCUACAGAAUUGUUUUGGUAGAAACAUGGAAAUGUUGAUUGCAAGACACUGCUAGAGAUAUCUAAUCCAGUCUUCCUGCUGAAGAGGCUUUUCAGAUGUGGAUUCUAACCUCUUCCUACAUGCCAAACAGUAAAAUCCCAAAGAUCAUGUAGGUGAUGCCCAAGGACUUUUUAUUACCACUUACCUGAUCUGGACAAUAUGUCCGUGAGGUGGACUACAUGACAAAGUGCUCCAGUGAGCUUUUCUAGGUUGAUGCUAUUUAUUUACUUCAAAAUGUUGUUAAUCUUAAACCAUGUUAAAUAAAAAGUUUUUGUUCACACCA